AUGAGGAAUCAAUUUCCUUUUCGUUCGGUUUAUUACAAAAUAAUAAAUUCAGUUCUUGCGGCUGGACUUUAUUAUGGGUUUUUGAGCGCUUUCUCUAUCAAGACCUCUCAUUUAUUACUUCUCCGAACUCUGGUUUUUGAGGAGGAAGAAGAAACCAAGAAGAGAAUAGUAGCAAAAACUGGAUUGAUUAUGGGGCAGAUCUUACUAUUCAUAUCAAUAUAUUAUAAACCUUUCCAUAUUGCUUUGACUAGACCUCGUACAAUAACUGCACUCGGGUUUUUCUAUCUUUUUUUCCAGAUCUUCUGGAAAAGUCAGAAACGCGUUUUUGCUAACCAAAAUUCCAUGUCUAAUCUCAGCUGUAUAUUUCUAAAUCAUCUCAUUUUACAGCAGUUGCUUAACACUUGCAUUUUACCAAGUUCAGCGGCAAGGAGAUUAGUCAGCAUUUACACGUUUCGAUCCAACAACAAGAUGUUAUUCGUAACAAGUUCUUUUUUUGCCUGGUUCAUUGGCCAAAUUUUAGUAUGCGAAUUUUUUGAAUUGGCAGGAAAACACAUACGUAUUGAAUUGGCAGGAAAACACAUAGGUAAAAAUCGUUCUAUUAGAUCGAUCAUUCGAUCUGACUAUUUUCAUUUUUUCUUUGUGAUUCUCUUUUUUAUGAUGAGUCUCCACUCUUUUGGCAGAAUACCCUCACCCAUUCUUCUUCCUAAAAUGAGCAACCUUUCACAAAUAGAAAAGCGCGCGUUGAUCUUGAAAGGUACAGAUGAAGAAGAGGAAAAUGACAAAAUAGACGAAGAAAUAGAACAAGAAAUGGAAAAAUUAGAACAAGAAAUAGAAGAAAUAGAACAGCAACGAAAACUUGCGAAUCAUCUGAAAAAAAAAAAAGAUAGACAAAAAAAACAGGGAACAAGGGGACAUUCCGACAAAGAAUUCCACUCGAAUUCGAAUACCAGUUAUUCGAAAAGAAAAAUCGAAGUACUAAAAAGUGAAAUACGUGUAAUACAAGAAAAAGAAAGAAAAAGCCUCAUUAGCCCAUUGCUUUUUGAUUAUCGACGAUGGUAUCGCCCAUUUCGCUACAUUCAAAAUAAUAGACUUGAGCAAGCUAUAAGAAAUGAAAUGUCACAAUAUUUUUUUGAUACACAACAAAGUGAUGGAAAAGAAAGAAUAUCUUUUACCUAUCCAAGGAGUUUAUCAAGUUUUUUUAAAGUGAUCAAAAGAAAAAUAAAUAUCCUACUAGAAAAAACUCUUUCUAAUCAAUUGGACAAUGCUUGGGUUUCUAGAAACAAAAAAAAAAUGAAUCAUCUUAAAAAUGAUUUUUUCAAUAGAAUUAACCAUCUAGACAAAGAAAAAAUAGAUGGAGAAAUAGAACAGGAAAAAGAACGGGAACAAAAAGCAGUGGAGAUACUUGAAACAAGAACUCGAUUAUGUAUAGAAGAUGAUACGACUAAACAAGAAUACUACUUACCCCAAAUGUAUGAUCCUUUCUUAAACGGGCCAUACCGUGGAAAAAUCAAAAAAGAGCUUCCGCCUUCCAUCAUAAAAAAUACUUUGAUCGCAGAUUCGAGAGAGACAGGUGAGCAAAAUCGGUUACAUGAUCUUCUUCUCCCGAAUUCCAAUUACGAAAAUUUUGACCAAAAUACGAAUACUUUAGAAAUUGGUGAUAUUUUAGAAAUUGAUGCGUUUUCAUCUAUUGUAAUACACAAAAUAAGUAAAAAAGUCCCUCGAUGGUCAUACAAAUUAAUCAGUGAAUUGGAACAACUAUCAUUUCACUACAGUCCGCCAGCAGAGCAUGAAAUUCGUUCAAGAAGGGCGGUAGGUGAAUAUCUUCUUUUUGAUCCUACAGAGACUCAUACUACUACUAAAGCUACAGAUAAAGAAACGAAGCCUAAUGCUAGCAAAGAGACUGAUACUAUUGAUAAAGAAACCAAGACUAAUGCUAGCAAAGAGACUAAUACUGUUGAUAAAGAAACCAAGACUAAUGCUAGCAAAGAGACUGAUACUGUUGAUAAAGAAACGAAGCCUAAUGCUAGCAAAGAGACUGAUACUAUUGAUAAAGAAACCAAGACUAAUGCUAGCAAAGAGACUAAUACUGUGAAUAAAGAAACGAAGCCUAAUGCUAGCAAAGAGACUGAUACUGUUGAUAAAGAAACGAAGCCUAAUGCUAGCAAAGAGACUGAUACUGUUGAUAAAGAAACCAAGACUAAUGCUAGCAAAGAGACUGAUACUGUGAAUAAAGAAACGAAGACUAAUGCUAGCAAAGAAACUGAUACUGUGAAUAAAGAAACCAAGACUAAAACCCCAGAAGAAGAGGCUAAAGAAGAUGAAGAGAAGGGGCUUGUUGUGAUGCGUUAUGCACACCAACCCGAUUUUAAGCACGGCUUAAUCAAAGGCUCUAUGCGAACUCAAAGGCGUAAAAUUGUUAUUGAGAAACUGUUUCAAGCAAAUGCACAUUCCCCCCUUUUUUUUGACAGGAUAAAAAAAAAAAAACUUUUUUCUUUUGCUAUCCCCCGCCCGGUUCAACUGAACCGAAUUUUUAGAAAUUGGUCGGCGGGAAAAGGGUUCAGGAUUUUAGAGUCUACAGACGAACAAACAAAAAGAGAAGAAAAACCAAAAAGAGAAUCUAAAAAGAAAAACGACCGAGUAAAGGAAAAAAAGCGAUUAGAGAUAGGGGAAGCCUGGGAUACUUUUGAAAUUACCCAAAUGUUAAGGGGUUGCAUUUUAAUAGCCCAAUCAAGUCUUAGAAAAAAUCUUAUAUUACCUUCAUUGAUAAUCGGUAAAAAUCUUGGACGUAUGCUAUUAUUGCAAAUUCCUGAAUGGUCUGAAGAUUUCGAGGAAUGGAAUAGAGAAAAGCAUAUUAAGUGCACUUAUACUGGUAAUCCGUUAUCCGAAACAGAAUUUCCGGAAAAUUGGUUGACACAAGGUAUUCAGAUCAAGAUUGUAUAUCCUUUCCAUCUGAAACCUUGGCACACAUCUAAACCGCUAACUUCUCGUGAUGACGUUUGUUUUUUAACAAUUUUUGGAAGGGAAACAGAACUGCCUUUUGGCUCUCCCCGAAAAACACCUUCCUUUUUUGAGCCCAUUUUAAAGGAACUCGAAAAAAAAAUUGGAAAAUAUGAAAAGGUUACAGCUGAAAGCGUUUUAAAAAAAAUAAUAAUAAAAUUAUUUAAAAAAGUUUCAAAAGAAACAAGAACAACAAACCAAAAUCUUCCGUUUAUAGAAAAAGACCUCUCCAAGGGUAAACCAAUUUUAUUAUUUAGAUCGAGAGAAAUAGGUGGAAUGGAAAAAGAAAAAGAUUCUAGAAUAAGCAACCAGAUAAUUGAUGAAUCUUUUAGUCAAAUUCAAAAAAUUCAAAUUCCAGAUUGGACAAAUUCUUCACUGAUAGAAACUAAAAUGCAAGAUAUGACUGAUAGAACAAGUACAAUCAAAAAUCAAAUAGAAAGAAUUACCGAAGAGAAAAAAAAAGUAACUCUAGAACUAGAUAUUAGUACUUACAAAAAAAGUUGUAGAUUAGAGUUGUCAAAAAAGAUUUGGCAAAUAGUAAAACUAAAAAACAUAAUAUGUAAAUUUCAUUAUUUUAGAAAAUUUUUCAUUCAAAGAAUAUAUAACGAUAUUUGUUUAUCUACUAUUCAUAUUUGCCAAACGAAUACACAACUCUUUGUUGAAUCGACAAAAAAUUUGAUUGAAAAAUAUAUUUCCAAGAAUGAAACAAAUAAAAAAAUAAUUAAUAAAAAAACUAAAAAUACAAUUCACUUUAUUUCAAAUAUAAAAACUUAUACUUAUAAUAGUUGUAAGAAAAAUUCAGAAAUUUUUUGUGAUUUAUCCAACUUGUCACAAGCAUAUGUAUUUUACAAAAUAUCACAAACCGGGGUUGUUAACUUGUCUAAAUUAAGAUCCGUUCUUCAACAUCAUGGAACAUCUUUCUUCCUUAAAACUCAAAUGAAAGACUCCUUUCGAACACAAGGAAUAUUUCAGUCUGAAGUAAUACAUAAGAAACUUCAGCGGUCUAUAACGAGUCAAUGGAAAAAUUGGUUAAGAGGGAAUUAUCAAUACGAUUUAUCUCAGAUUAUCUGGUCUAGCUUAAUGUCACAAAAACAAAAAUGGCGAAAUAGGGUUAAUCGAUAUUGUAGGUCUCAAAAAAAAGAUUUAAAAAAAUGGAAUUCAUGUGGAAAAUACCAAUUAAGUCAUUACAAGAAAAAAAAGGGUCCUAACUCAUUAUCGAAUCAAAAAGAUAAUUUUCAAAAAUGCUAUAGAUAUGAUCUUUUAUCAUAUAAAUCCAUUAAUAAUGAAAAUAAAGGUGACUCGGUUUUUUAUAGAUCAAUCCCUCAAGUAACUAAAAGGCAAGCGGUUUCUGAUAAUUACAACAUGUCGCAAAACUCCUUGUUUGCGAUAACAGGAAGUAUCCCUAUCAAUAUUUUUAUAGGAAGAAUAGAAAGGGUAUAUAUUCCAUAUAUAGAAAAAAAUCUUAAUAGAAAAUAUUUUAAUUGGGAAAAUAUCUAUUUUGAUCUUAGAAAAAAAGUGGCUAUUGAAUCCUGGGUCGCGGUAAAUCCCAGCAGUAAUCAAAAGACUCGAAUUGGGACUAAUAAUUUUCAAUUAAUUGAUCCAAUUGAUAAAGAAGAAGAGGAAGAGAUCAAUCCCAGCAGUAAUCAAAAGACUCCAAUUGGGACUAAUAAGGAUGAAAUAUUUUAUGCAAUUGAUAAAGAAGAAGAGGAAGAGAUCAAUCCCGAAGAAGAGAUCAAUCCCGAAGAAGAGAUCAAUCCCAGCAGUAAUCAAAAGACUCCAAUUGGGACUAAUAACGAUCAAUUAAUUGAUCCAAUUGAUAAACAAGAAAAAGACCCUUUUUAUAUUCCGAUUAAUCAAAAUCCAGAAAUCAAUCAACCUAAUUCUCCAAAUUCUUUUUUUGAUUGGAUGGGAAUGAAUGAACAAAUACUAAAUCGUCCCAUCUCGAAUCUGGAACUUUGGUUCUUCCCAGAAUUUGUGCGGCUUUUUAAUGUAUAUAAAACGAAACCGUGGAUUAUACCAAGCAAAUUACUUCUUUUAAAUUCGAAUCUAAGUGAAACCGAUAAUAAAAAGAAAAACAUCGCUGAAAACCAAAAUCUUGAAGAAGAAGAUUCCGCGAAAUCAGACAUGAAAAAAGGUACAAAGAAAAGUAAAACCAAUAGUGAAAAGAAAAGUGAAACCGAUAGUGAAAAGAAAAGUGAAACCGAUAGUGAAAAGAAAAGUGAAACCGAUAGUGAAAAGAAAAGUGAAACCGAUAGUGAAAAGAAAAGUGAAACCGAUAGUGAAAAGAAAAGUGAAACCGAUAGUGAAAAGAAAAGUGAAACCGAUAGUGAAAAGAAAAGUCUAAGUACAAGAGAGCUAAGAGAGUUAUUCAUGAAAAAGUAUUUCCUUUUGCAAUUGAGAUGGGAUCAAAGGAAUAUCGGUCAAAACAUUCGCAAAAAUGUCCGGAUAUUAGCUCUCCCGAAGAGCUCGAUAAAUCUAGAAACCAUGACUCUAUCAUGCAUUGAAAGGAGAAAAUUACAAUUGAAUGUAAUGUGGAAGUCGAAGAGCAAUUUGAGUAUUCUAAAAUUUUUCAAAAGCAUAGGAGUGGUUGUGGACCGCCUUGGACUGUCUGUAAAAAACAAUGGGCAAUUUCUUAUGUAUCAAACCAUAGGUAUUUCGUUGGUUCAUAAGAGUAAAAACAAAACUAAUCAACAAUACCGAAAACAAAGAAUAAUUCGAGCUAGAGAGAACAAUCAUUUUGAUGCGCUUGUUCUUGAAAAUAUUUUAUCGUCUAGACGUCGUAGAGAAUUGAGAAUUCUAAUUUGUUUCAAUUCAAACAAUUGGAAUGAUGUGGAUACCAAUUCCGUAUUUUUCAACGAAAACGGGGUAAAAAACUGUAGUCACUUUUGGGAAGAAAGGAACCUUCGUGAUAAGGAGAAAAAUGAAUUAAUUCAAUUCAAGUUUUUUCUUUGGCCCAAUUAUCGAUUGGAAGAUUUAGCUUGUAUGAAUCGUUAUUGGUUUGAUACUAAUAACGGCAGUCGUUUCAGUAUCUUAAGGAUCCACAUGUAUCUACCAUUGAAAAUUCGUUGA